AACAAUGGACCAAAAUAUUGCAGCGAAAAAUGUGCUGGUUAAAAAUGAAAUAAAUUUCCAGCAAAUAUUUAUUAAAGAAGAAACAUCAGAGGAAAGUGAUGAUAAAAUGCAACAUGGGCUAACUACAGCUGAACAUGAGACCGAUAAACCAGACGUAAAAAAUGUUUCUAAAUCUACACCAGACAAACCAUUUUCAUGUGAUUUAUGUGAAAAAAGUUUUAAAUUUCAAAGUAAUUUAAUUGUGCAUCAACGAAUUCAUACCGGAAAAAAUCCAUUUACGUGUAAAAUUUGUGAUCGAAAAUUUCGAUGGCAAAGUGCUUUAAUUGUUCAUAAACGAACACAUACAAAAGAAAAACAAUUUUCGUGUGAGAUUUGUAAUAAAGAGUGUUCACAGCUACAAUUAUUAAUUCAACAUAAACGAAUUCAUACAGGUGAAAAACCAUUAUCUUGUGAAAUUUGUGAUAAAAAAUUUAGUUGGCGAAGUAGUUUAAUUGAACAUAAACGAUUACAUAGUGAUGAAAAAUCAUUUUCAUGUGAAGUUUGUGGCCGAAAAUUUAAUUGGCGAAGUAGUUUAAUUGAACAUAAACGUUUACAUAGUGAUGAAAAAUUAUUUUCAUGUGAGUUUUGUGGCAAAAAAUUUAGUUCGCGAACUAGUUUGGUAAAACAUAAUCGAAUUCACACGGGAGAACGACCUUAUUCGUGUAAGAUUUGUAAUAAAAAUUUUACGCAACUAAAUAGUUUGAAGAGACAUAAAUUAAUUCACAUUAAAGAAAAACGCUUGGAAAAAUUUAAAGAAGAAAAUAUACAAAUUAAAGAAGAAAUAAAUUUGGAGCAAGUUGUAAUUAAAGAGGAAGCAUUCGAAGAAAUAGACCCCGAAUUAGAGGUGAAAACUGCUACAAAAUAUCAAAAAAAUAAAGAAUAUUCUUGUGAUUUUUGUGAUAAAAAAUUUAAAGAACGAAUCAUUUUAACUGUGCAUCAACGAAUUCACACCGGAGAAAAACCAUUUUCAUGUGAUGUCUGUGAAAAAACAUUUUCCCAAUCCGGUAGUUUAUACAAUCAUAAAGUAACUCAUUACGGGAAACAACGAUUUUCAUGUGACGUUUGUGAUAAAAAUUUUACGAGAAAAUUCCAUUUAAAUCGACAUAAAGUGAUACAUAAUGGUGAAAAACCAUUUUCGUGUGAAAUAUGUGAUGAAAAAUUUUGUUGGCAAAGUAGUUUAAUUGUACAUAAACGAUCUCAUACGGAUGAAAAAUCAUUUUCAUGUGAUGUUUGUGGUAGAAAAUUUACGAAUGUACGUAGUUUAACGCGACAUAAAAGAAUUCACAUCGAUGGCGAUGAAGUCGAAGAAAAUGAUUUAAUUAAAGAAGAAUUACGUGAUAUUGAUGAAAAACUUGAAAACUGUAAUAAAAUUGUGAGUGAAAGUGAUCGAAAAUAUUUUUCUUGUGAAAUUUGUAAUAAAAAGUUUAAACAUCGAACGAAUUUAACAGCUCAUAAACGACUUCAUUCUGGAAAACGAUUAUUUUCAUGUGAAAUCUGUGAUAAAGUUUUUACUCAAGCAAACAGUUUAUUUGUACAUAAACGUAUUCAUACCGGGGAAAAACCUUUUUCCUGUGAAAUUUGUGAUAAAAAAUUUACACAAAAAAGUGGUUUAAAUCGACAUAAAAGAAUUCACACGGGAGAAAAACCAUUUUCGUGUGAUUUCUGUGAGAAAACAUUUACUCUAGAAAGUGGAUUAAUUAUUCAUAAACGAACACAUACCGGGGAAAGACCCUUCUCGUGUGAGAUUUGUGAAAAAAAAUUUACACAAUCAAGUAGUUUGAAAAUACAUCAAAUAACUCAUACGGGUGAAAAACGUUUUUCAUGUGAAAUUUGUGAGAAAAAAUUUAGUAGGCAAAGUACUUUAAAAGAACAUAAAAGAACCCAUCAUGAUAAUAAAUUGUGUAUCGAUGAAGUAUGCGAAGAAAAAACAGAUUUGGUUAAGGAAGAACUUAUUGACAUCGAUGAAAAACCAUUUUUACUUGACUUGAGUGAUGAAAAACUUGAAAAACAUAAU